AUGACAGAAAUCCCCAAAGUUGUCUUAGUGUGCGAAAAACAUUUCACCGACGACUGUUUCCUCAACUUGGGCCAAUACAAAGCUGGCCUUGCUGAUCGUCUGAGGUUAAAGCCUGGUGCAGUACCAACUCUUUGUGGCUCAGCUACAAACCUCGGACAGGCCAGCACAUCAACUGUUUCCAUUAAGCUGCCUUUCUCAAGGGAUGUUGCCUGCCAGACAGACCAUCUGGAAACACGUACUAUAGGCACACAGCUAGCCUUGAAGACUCUGCGGCCCCACUUUAGAAGUGAAGGUAUCCAGGCAAGUGUCUCCUGCAGAGAUUUUGGUGUGGGGCCCUCAAAUGCAGACCCUUUGUGCCUGUCAUCAACACCUAUAAAGAGACCACCCAAAAGACCUCGUCUAGACCUUGAUGAAGAGCUCGAGGACAAUCCAUUGGAGGGCAGCUCUUUUGUGGGAGCUUCAAAGGGACAGGAUUCCAGUUAUGAUCCUGCCGACUCCAUCACAGCAUCGUUAGACUCUACGCUAAAGUCAGAAGAUUCAUCCACUUCCACCCACAACAGCAAAAUAUACAUGGUGUAUGAGAACUGCAUCAUGGAGUUGUUUAAUGCAUGUCCAGUCUGCACGCGGGCAUGUGAUGUGAAGACCCAAAGGCUGGGGACAUUCCUGUCUGUGAAGCAGUGGUGCCCCCAUUGCACAUUUACAAGACACUGGAAUAGCCAGCCUGUGCUUGGGAGCACGCCAGCUGGAAAUCUGCACCUUUCUGCCACCAUGUACCUCAGUGGUGCAUCUUUCAUCAAAAUUGAAAAGGUCUUCAAGGCAAUGAAGCUACAGUUGUUUCGGUAUGAAACAUUUCGCCGCCAUGCCAGAUCUUUCAUUGAACUGACCAAUAGUAGAGGACUGACUGUUAUUCACCACUGGAAAGUCACACAGGAUGUGAAUCUGCAGUGGCUGAGUCAGGAGGAAUAA